AAAGCGUUAGCGCCGAGCCUCGUUGUGAAAUUCAGGUGACCGACAUUGAGGGUAGAUCGAAAACUUUUCAUCAUAAUGUCUCGUUACUCCAGACCACCCAACUCUUCAUUAUACGUCAGAAAUGUCCCUUCGACUGAAAGGGCAGAGGAAAUGGCGGAAGAAUUGCGAGCAUUGUUUGGUAAAUAUGGACCCCUCACAGAUGUCUACGUACCAGUAGACUAUUACACACGAGAUCCCCGAGGUUUUGCUUAUGUACAGUUUGAAGAUUCUCGAGAUGCAGAUGAUGCUCUCUACCACUUAGACAGAACAAGGUUCUAUGGAAUGGAGCUUGAGGUGGAAUUUGCCAGAGGAGAUCGCAAAACACCAAAUCAGAUGAGAUCAAAGGACCGUGGAGGAAGACGAAGCUCCCCGUACAGAGAUAGCUACUAUGGAGGCGACCAUGACAGGAGACGGAACAGGAGGCGAUCUAGGAGCAGAAGUCCAAGAUACAGAUCAAAGUCCAGAAGCCCCAAAAGAAGCCGAAGGAGAAGUAGAUCCAGGACACCUGAUAGAAGGAGGAGUAGGUCCAGGAGUCCUUAUGAGAGAAGGAAGAGUAGAUCCAGGAGCCCUUAUGAAAGAAGGAGGAGUCGAUCUAAGAGUCCGUACGAGAGAAGGAAAUCCAGAACCAGAAGCAGAGAAAGGAGAAGAACACCAUCAAGAUCUAGGUCAAGGUCAUAUGAGAGACGUAGGAGUGGCUCCCCCAGAAGAUCAAGGUCUUACAGUCGCUCUGCCUCAAGGUCACCAGGACAUGGAAAAGAGGAGUCGCCGGCAAGAAACGGUCACAGUCGGAGUAGAAGUCGAAGCCCUCCCCCUGUCGCUGACCAUUAAACUUUAAUGAUUGAACAAGACUUCCAUUUUUAAAAGAUUGACGUUCGAGCAACAAAGAAUUUCUUUUUCUUGUGAACAAAUGUAUCGGACAGAUACACAAACAAGCUUUUUUCCUGAACUUUUUAUAUUUUUUUUCUCAUUUUGAAUGUAUUACAUUGUUGUAAUCUCAUACGGAUCAAGCUUGCCACAUUAUGAUUUAUAUUCAUUAGAGUUGUUCAAAUAUUUAUUAAUUGAUCAAAAAGUCAUCUGUUUUUUGUCAAUUAACAAUAACAUCAGACAUAUUUUUUUUAGCACAGAGAACACAUUUCUUUUGUCUUGAAAUAAAUGCAGUGUUAAAAAUA